ACAUUCUUCCAGCUAGACUCUCACACAUCACCUUAUAAACGUGAACCCCCGCCAUUUACUCUUUAGUAUAAUUUUCAGUUUCCACAACUUUCACUGAAUUCCAAGCUUUCAAAUUUCAAAUAUCGAGGUUCCAUUUCUUCUAAGUUUCUCAAAUUAAGCGGUUGGGAAGAACUAUGUCGAGGACGACGGAGCUCCAAAUGCACAAGAAAUGGAAAGGUAGAGAAACAAGCCCUGAACGUACCAAAGUUUGGACUGAACCUCCUAACCAUAAGCUCAGAAAAGUACCCGUCGUUUACUAUCUCUCCAGAAAUGGCCAACUUGAGCAUCCUCAUUUCAUGGAAGUGCCUCUUUCCUCCCCUGAUGGUCUGUAUCUCAGAGAUGUUAUCAACCGCUUGAAUUGUCUUCGUGGAAAAGGCAUGGCCUCUAUGUACUCCUGGUCUGCUAAAAGAAGCUAUAGGAACGGAUUCGUGUGGCACGAUUUGACAGAGAAUGAUUUUAUAUACCCAGCACAUGGUCAAGAGUAUGUUCUGAAAGGAUCAGAGCUUCUCGAUAGCGCAUUGCCUUCACAACCCGAUGAAAUCGCUUGUUCUAAUUCUAGAAAUCCGGUGCCGGAAAUACAGAAAAUGAGUGAAGAUCGUGAGUUUCCUGCAGUGGCAAGGCGCCGGAACCAGUCCUGGAGUUCCUCCGAUUUCCACGAGUACCUAGUUUACAAGGCCGAAUCACCCGGCGAAUUACUUGGAAGAAUUGGAGCCGACGCUUCAACUCAAACAGAGGACAGGCGACGCCGGCGAAGAGGAAUGCGAAUCGUCGAAGAAGAAGAAGAAGAGUUGAGAGAAGACCGGACCAUUGAACCGGACGAUGUUGAACAUAGUCCGAACCAGUCAACGGAGCUGAACAGAGGUGAAAUUUCACCACCACUAUCCGAUUCAAGCUCUGAAACGCUAGAAACGUUGAUGAAGGCGGACGGAAAAGUAAUCUUACGGCCAGAUACAAUCAGCGAAGAUCCAACGGCUAAUACUCAAUCAAGCGGAAAGAGUAAAGCAGCUUCCGUUUUGAUGCAAUUACUCUAUUGCGGUUCAAUGUCCUUCAAGCAAUGCGGACCCGGUUAUGGGAAGGAAAAUGGAUUUUCCUUGAUUUCACAGUAUAAAAGCCGUCUGCCACGUAUCAGGUGUACCAAUCAAGCGGUGAAGGAUGUAGAGAGUCCAAUGGUGGAAUAUCAUGGAAGUGAAGAGAGAAUUAAGCUGGAAGAUAAGGAGUACUUCAGUGGGAGUUUAAUAGAGAUGAAGAAGAAGGAGAAAUUUCCAGCUCUAAAGAGAUCUUCUUCAUACAGUGUAGAACGGAGUACAAAAUUGGAGCUGACUGAGAAACAAAAAGAAGUGAAAACAAAAUGUUAUCUGCGAAAGCAAAAGAAUCGAUCGACCCGAGAGGAUGGAAACAGUGAUUUGUCUAAUGCCUUGCAGUAGCAUUUGCUAUUAUUUUUAGUAAUACUAGCUAGUGAUCAACAUGGUAGCAAGAUGAGUAGAUGAUAGUGGUUAAGCAGUAGAUUAGGAAAUAGUAGAAAAAUUUGUGGAGACAAUUGCUCCUGAUCUCAGUUGUAGAUGUUUGCGUGAAUUUCAACAGUAAAAAUAACUAAAUUAUCUGUAUCAAGUGUUUGCAUCAAACAAAUGAUGUGAGACAUACUAUUGAGCAAUGAUUAAUAUGUUUGUUGCACCAAAUCAAGAGGAAAUCUUGGAACAAUGAGUUCAAACCAUGGAAGUUGGAAGCAGUCAA